UCUGUUGACCAACCAUCCAACCCAUUUCCUGAAAUCAGACUUGUCAUCUCAGCAUUCUAUUGAAUUGUAUCAUAUUGCGUGGGACAUGAGGCUUAGUACAUAGUAGUGUUAUUCUUGUGGAAACAUCUGGAGAUCACAGUUUGUGUGCAGUGGCAAUGCAUACUCUGCAUUUUUAAUUGUCCUGUCAGGAUUUCCUGAGCACAGGAGAGCCACUCCACAGGUCCCGAGCAUUGUCAUAAGGGAAUGUCCAUGGAUACUUUAAGUGGGAAUUCUACUAUACUGGAUGACACCUUUUUAGAUAAUAAGGAUGCAGAGGAGGAUGUAUCUAUCUAUAAGAAUACAAGUAAUUCUACCUGGUCAAGAAUAAGGAUGCAAAUCCUUGGGAUCCGUCACUCUGGAGAUUUCUAUUACAGGGUGGUCACAAGAACUCUAGGGCUGCUGUGUGUGCUCUUGCUGACUGUCAUUUUAGUUAUGUCAGUGGAGAGAUCGCAUUUAAAUUCCACCUUCAGUAACUUGACCUCUGAGAGAGACCUGCUGAAGACUAAUCUCAAGACUUUGCAGGAGGAGAACAAUAAAGUGAAAAGCCGAAAUGCUUAUCUCGAGAAACAUCUACAGGAGGGAUGGACCUAUUUCCAAUCUUCUUUAUACUACGUGUCUACUGAGCAGAAAUCAUGGAAUGAGGCUAGAGAGGACUGCCGAAAGAAGGGAGCAGACUUGGUGAUCGUAAACAACAGAAAUGAACAGGAAUUCCUCUCCGACCUUCAAAAGGAAUUCUGGAUAGGGCUGACGGACCAUGAUGGGAAGUGGAAGUGGGUAGACGGCAGGCCCCUGACUGACGGGUUUUGGGAUAGUGGUCAGCCAAAUAGCUAUGGUGGAAAUGAAGACUGUGUUGAGAUCAGGCCUCGCAAGAUUCUCACCAACUGGAAUGAUGAUUUGUGCUCUAGGUCACAACUUUGGUCAUGUGAGAAAAAGAUUCCGUAGCCUUUUGCUAUUGCCCUUUCAGAAAUGAGCUCAUGUUUUUUAAACAAUUAUUUGGUUAAAGUGAAUUUUUCUACAUACAUUUGAAAUACCUUAAUGUAUAUUUCCCUUGUCAGCCAUUGUGGUAUAGUGAGUAUGUGUCUUAGAGGCAUCUGUGGUUUAGUCGAAUUCAGCAACCAGUAUAAAUUAAUCUUGUGUAAUCUUGUGUUGAUUUCCAAAUCAACCCAAACCAUGCUGGAGUUUCAAAUGAAUAUGUGAAGUUGCUUUUCAUAGCCCCACCUUCUGGUGAAUAUGUGAAGUUUCUUUUCAUAGCCCCACCUUGUGGUGAAUAUGUGAAGUUACUUUUCAUAGCCCCACCUUGUGGUGAAUAUGUGAAGCUGCUUUUCAUAGCCCCACCUUGUGGUGAAUAUGUGAAGUUGCUUUUCAUAGCCUCACCUUUUGUUGAAUAUAAUUUUCAUUUGCUUCAUUUCAUGUUCAUAAUUCAAUUUAUGACCAUUGAUGAUGAGUCUUAGCUCAUGUAAAGAUGUCAGAGGUGUAAAUGUCGCCAGGAGAGUAGAACUUGACCCCUUUCCUGAGCGGAAUACCUAGGGUGAUGAAUGAUGUCCUGAUGAAUUAUAUUUAUUAUUUUGAGGGAGAACGUUCGUAUCAUGCCUUCACAAGCCAUACCUUGAAUUGUAUAUCAUAGUAACAUAAAAAUUCACUUUUUUGGGCGCAAGAUAAUACACAUUUCAUUUACACGAGACAGUAACUUCUGGGCACAAGAUAAACACAUUUGUAUGUUUUGUUUUUGUUUAAGGCUUUGACAUUCAACAAUUGACAUCCCAUGUACAUCUUUACACCAAAAUACUUUUUAAAAUUACAAAAGUGUGUGAAUCACCCAAGAGGGAAGCUGGUACUGGACUGAAGUUUAAGAGACAUGCGUCACAAAGUAGCUCAUAGGAACAUGUUUAGCAAGGGAAAGGCCUGGUUUGUUUCUGUCUCUUUGUGGUGAUGUUAAAGCUAAUUUUGAUGCUUUUGAUGCUGUGGAUGCAUUAAAUUGCUUAAAAUGUGCUCUAAAUAUGCAGGUAUAUACUGUAUAUGUCCUAUGUGAAACAUGUUCAAUUACUAAACACGAAAAAGUUCACACUGGGUCUAAUCACUCUGGAGCUUUGGUAUAAGAACAUUUGGCAACAGUGUUGUGUCAGUGUGACUUUGCAAAGUGUUACUUCUGUAAAUGUCUUGAUUGUGAAAUCAUGAAGUUCUCUCUCUGAAAUGGAGUGUGUCACAGUCAUGAACGCAAAUGUUUGCAUGGGAUCUCUGGAGAACCUUGCUGCCAGCGCUUUCUUAUUAAAUGGAUUCCCAUUAGCCUUUGCAUGAACCCCUGAAAUAAUCAAGCUUAGCUACUAGUGUUGCUAACAGUUUCUCUAUGUGUGUUGUUAAAGUUGCAGUCCUUGAUUAUAAUCAAUUACACUUUUUGUUGAAUUCAAA